AUGCGACUGACUUUCCCCAGCGACACAACCCUCCCGUCGUACUACAUUAUCAGAAACUGCAUACUUCUUACGGGCGCUGUGGAUAACUGGGACGAUGGCAAUGAAUGGAGGCUCGCCGCGGUAAGAUCCCCAGUGUACAGAUAUAAUGUGAGACAUACGCUGACGUCAAAUGUGGCAAUUCAGGAGAGCAUAUACAGUGAUGCGUUGAAACGAUCAACGGAAAAGAACGAUGCGAAAUCGCUCACCGUCCUACAAGGUCUCCGCAAGGAGCUUGACGUGUGGGCUAGGCAGCGAGAGCGGGAUCUCCAGGAAUACAUGCUUGAACAAGAGGGAGAGGACGACGACGAAGAGACGGACUCGGAAACAGAUGGAGUUGAGCUAGACGACACCGAGGAGGAGGCGGAGAUGGAAGCCAAGGGCGUUGAGUUGGGCGAGGGCAACGCGCUGCUGGGAGGUGGGGACACUCAAGUUCUUCCGAUCCGCGGACACCAAGCUCCCACGGCAAGCCUCGUAGUCAAUCGAGAGGACGAGCGUUCUGCCAUUCUUGCAGCGACCGCCUUCCUUUUCGAAUGCCAGUCGUACAUACCGGAGCAUGUGCAAGGUCAAUAUACCCAGGUGGUCCUGGAACUUCAGGAAGUUGCCAUGCGCAGCAUCAACAGCAUGUCUUCCACAGCUUCCGCAGCUUAA